CAAUGGUAGAAGAAGUGAUCAUCGGUGGGUCGGUUAAAUUGAUUUUUGGAUGUAUUUUGAUCGCUCCUACUCGAUUGUAUUGGAGUUAUGUUCACUUUUGCUAUUCCAAAUUCAUUGUAGAGAAGUAAAAGUAUGUAGAAGUGGACUUCGUCUUCUAAAUCUUAGCUGUAUGAAGUGAUUGGUUGGUUCCAUUAAUUCUUACGCGGCUUCAUCUUCUUCUUCUUCUUCUUCUUCUUCUUCUUCUUCUUCUUCUUUCUCAACUUUCAUUCCUCUCCCAAUGGAGUUUCUGAAUCCAAUUCUCUUUGUUCUCAUACUUUUUUCAUCAACCAUUCCAAUUCUUUCCUUUUCUCAUUUCUCUCCCAUCGAUCACUACCUCAUCGAUUGUGGGUCAACCCUUAAGUCCACCGUCGAUCAUCGCAUCUUCCUCUCCGAUUCCUCCUCUUCAAGUUCACUUUUUCUCUCUUCCCCCCGCUCUUUCUCUCUCAAAAAUCAACACCCAUUUCAAGGUUUGCCCCCAAUUUACAAUUCAGCUCGCGUUUUCGAGAUGCCAUCCAAGUACGAGUUGCAGAUCAAUGACAAAGGCACACAUAUGGUACGUCUCCAUUUCCAAGCUUUUACCUCUUCAAAUUUGGAUCUCAUUCGUGCUCAAUUUCACGUUUUGGUUAAUGGGUAUGUGGUUUUGAGUAAUUUUAGUGGUGUCUCUGCUGUAAACCCUAGAAUUAAGGAGUUUCUUAUCUGGGUUGGAACUGAAACUCUUGAAAUUACCUUCGUCCCUGUUAAGAAAUCGAAAUUCGCGUUUGUUAAUGCGAUUGAAGUUAUUUCUGCACCUAAAGAUCUUGUUGCUGAUUCUGCUAAAUAUUUGAGUUAUGAACAUAGUGGAAAUGUUGAUGGGUUGUCCAAGGAAGGGCGUGAAGUGUUGUAUAGAGUCAAUGUUGGGGGGCCUAAGGUUACUCCCUUCAAUGAUUCUUUUUGGAGGACUUGGGUUCCUGAUGAUGAACACUUUGAAUCAAAUGAUGGAUCAAAGAAAGUAUAUUCUAGUGGAAGAAUUAAGUAUCAAGAAGGUGGGGCAAGUCGUGAAGUUUGUCCUGAUAAUGUCUACAACACUGCUCGAGUGAUCAAGAGUACGAAUUCAUCGAUUCCGAACAUGAAUAUGACAUGGACCUUCCCCGCUAUCAAUGGAUACAACUACAUCGUUCGCUUGCAUUUUUGUGAUAUUGCAAGUAUAUCAAUUGGUUUUCUGUUUUUCAAUAUCUAUGUUAACGGGUACAAUGCAUAUGAGAAUUUCGAUCUCUCAACCGCUACUAAUUGGGAACUUUCUUCCCCGUUCUAUCUUGAUUUCAUGGUCAGUGGUGAUGAACAAGGGGUUCUUAGAAUUAGUAUAGGAAGCUCUAACCAUAGUGUUCCAUAUGCUAUAGAUGGUCUUCUAAAUGGGAUUGAGAUCAUGAAGUUGAAUAACUCUUUGGGUAGCUUUGUUGGUAACCUUUCUACUGAGAUGAUUUUGAAGAGAUGUCAAGGAAACACUAUUAAUUUAGUUCCUUAUAUAGUGAUUUUGUGUUUGGUCGUAAUUGUGUCGCUGAUGUUGCGUCGAAAGGUAAUCAGGAGGGACGAUUCUUUCUCAUGGUCGAAAUUGCCUGUUGUGGAUAGUUGGAAAGUUAAAUCUAACAUGGGAAUAGUCAAUUCCUAGUUAAAGCUUUGUUCAAACUUGAGGAUACAUAAAGUUUAUUCAAUGUUUAGAUAUAAAAGGAGACGGAAUUAUUGUAUUUGAAAGCAAGUAAGCUAAUAGAAAUAUGUAACAUAAAGUUUGUUUUGAGUAUUGACUGUUGAGUUUGUUUCUUUUGAAUUUGUGAUAUACAUUGUUGUAAUCUGUAAUGAUAUUAUGUAAGUUAUUGAGAGAAAACAAUCUCAAGAAAUUGGCAUAUCUAUGUAAUCUUAUAAAGUCUUUUUUAGUCGGAUUUAUCUA